AUGGGAAAUCUCUGCCUGCUGGAGAAAGCGAAGCAAAAGCUGCGAGGGGACGCGCGGUGCCUGCUGGUUUUCUUGGUAAGAGCUUCCUGCCUGGAGAUUUACAGUGAGGACAUACGAGACCUUCUAGGAGCCGAUACCAAGCAGAGCUUGCAGCUGAAGGAGCACCUGGAGAAGGUGCUGUGCAUGGAGGGGCUUUCCCUGCACCCUGUGCACAGUGUGGUGCAGCGUGAGCAGAUUGUGGAGGCAGACUGGAGGAACACUGUGAUGAACAAGGACUCUUCCUGCUCCAUCUUUACCAUCCAUAUGGAAAUCUGCACCAUAGAUGAGAAAGGGCAGGACCACUUACCUGCAAAACUUAAUGUAGUGGACCUGGCAGGAAAGGAGCAGUCAGAAACUGGAACUACAGGAGAGCAGAGCAGAGAUGCUACCAAAAUCAACCUUUCCCUCUCUGCUCUCAGUCCUCGUUGAUGACACAUCCCUUACCACGACUCAAAGCUGACCAGGCUGCUGCAAGGCUCCCUGGGAGGGGAUACAACCCUGAUGGUAGCAUGCUUAUCUCCAACUGACAACAGCUAUGAUGAACCUGUGCUAAGCAAUACUGCGUGCUAUGCAAAUCGAGUGAAAAACAUCAAGAACAAGUCCUGUAUCAGUGAGGACCCCAAGGAUGCUCUGCUGAGAUAUCAGGAGGAGAUUAAGAAGCUGAAGGCCAUUCUAGCUGAACAGAUGAAUGUGAAUAACUUGUCAGGGCUUCCACCUGCCGAGGCUGCUCACAUAGAAGGGAAGCCAGCUCCCCUCCUCCAACCCCACUUAGAUGUUGAAACAGAGAAGCAGCUGAUCAGAGAAAGAGAAGGAGAAAGACUGGAAGGAAGUGAACUUUGUCCUCACUUGUUACAAAGCCCUUUCCAGGGCACCACAUCUGCCCAAACAGCAGUUUGUAGGGCUAGUCUGUCACCUUUCAUCAAUACUGCACCCAUUUCAGCCAAGGAAAAUGUCAAUGAGUACAGUUUUAUUGGGGUGGAUGUAAGCUGUGUACAGGCAGGAGCGGUGCUGCUGCACCAGGCUCUCUGCUGUGCCCAGGAGAAUAGAGAUGCUGGCCCAGCUAAAGGCCAGCAUGAAGCGAAGCAGAAGUCCCAUGUCUGCCUUGAAGAGGGCAUCAGUAGCCUGAGGAUCUGCUGUGGUCUCAAGCUGUCUGCCCUCGAGGAGAACCUCAGGAAGGAAGCAGUACUCAGAACAGCAAAUCUCCCAAGGAGUCUCUAUUUCUGUAUGGUGUUGUCUCAAGCAUUGUUCAGGUACAGAAGUUCAUCCUUCACAGCUACGCAAAUGCUUCCUUGUAAUGCUCAGCUAAGAGAAGCACUUGGGUUUUCCAGGCUGCAGAUGCUAGAACAAGUGGUAAGGGGGGAGGAGGCUGAAAACAAGGACCUUGAGGAGAAGCUUAACAGGAAGAAGUUUGCAGAUGAGCAGAGGAUGCAGCUAGUGACCAUGCUGCAGAAAUCCGAUGAUGACAGCAGUGAUUUGGUUCUGCUUAAUGUCCACGACUCCAUCCAGGAGGAGAUUCUAGCCAAGAGCAAACUUCUGGAGAAGAUGCAGAAGCUGCGAGCUGCUGAGACAGAAAUCAAAGAUUUGCAGUCAGAGGUUGAGCUGGAAAAGAUCAGUUAUCUCAGCAACAACCGCAGUCUGGAGCAAGACGUGAGGCUCUUCCAGCAGCUGCUGGAUCAGGUGCAGUCCCUCAUCCAGCAGGACUGCAACUGCAGCAAUGUGAAGAAGAUCAAGUGCAAGUCUGUCUGGGAUGAGGAGUCUUGCUGCGGGAAAAUUCCAGAGCCUGACGUUGCGAAAAAAAACGCCUGCCUGCAGGUAAGAGGAGUGUCAGGGUCACAGUGCCAUCCCAUGGCUUCUUCUGGGCUCACCAGCAGGUCAAUAAAUGGCAAUUGGACUGCACUCACCUGUGUCAUCUUCUGUGUACAGUGGAGGCUUCUGCCUUUCCACCAUGUCUGAAUCACAACUUAAUGAGGACAAAACUCACUGGGUCUACACAAAAAUUUUGGCAAGUAGGUGAUACAAACUGGAGAGCUGGCACAGGAUUCCCUGCUAAGCUGUCCGUUCUCUGUGCGCCUUCGGUAGGGAGUGAAUUUGCCAUUAGUGUUUAAACAAAUCAGAUGCCCUUUUUAAAGCUGUUCCUCCUAGGAUCUCAAAUCACUUAGAUGUUAACGAAAAAGCUCUGCAAAGGGGAUAUUACACGGCUUGUUUAAAAGCUUGAGAAAUUAAGGCAAGGCAGCAUCUAGGCUUGGGUGGACUUUCCUGAAGCCUCACACCAAGCUUUAAUUGAUUGGAUUUUGGGUCCCUGUGUGAUUUUCAUCAUCUGGAGCUGCCUCUGCCCAAGAGACACAUUACCCUCCUGUAAGACGAGACUCUCAAGGGUUCUUGUGACUGCUGUCUGAUUCACAUCCUCAGCCACUCACUGGAGACGAAUCACUGCAUGGCUCCCCGAGGCACCUCUGUUAGCCCAAUCGUUAGCAGUGUUGUUGGGAUCGCGGAACGCGUUAUUAAUGCAGAGAGGACAGCCCUUUAACGUUGUUUCUUCUCUCGGCAGUUCCAGCACUGCCACAGCAAGAAAGAGCUCUUCUGGCUGAGUGCGAAGAAGCAGCUCUGAGCUGUGCCCGUCCUGCCAGGGCUCUGAGGAGUGCUGGGACAUGGCAGGGUCAGGGCUGCGCGCUCUGUGCGAGCUGCCUGUGUGCGUGCUCAGCUGGUGCCAGCCGGCAGCUUUAGCAGAGGAGCCCCGAAUACCUACGUCGAGCAGGAGCUGCCCCUUUUGGACCUCGUAAAAUCGCUCAUUUUAGGCUAUUCGGUUCCUUCCCGGUAGCAGAAUGACUUUUAUUGCUGUAAGUUUACAUUACUCCCAGAUGCUGAGGAGGGCUUUACCUAAACGGGGCUGGGCUACAUCCCUGCAGCGCGGACACUGCUGUCGCUCUGUGCCCAGGACAUGGUGCUUUUCAUCGCAAUCUGCAGUAUUUCUAAGCCUUAUCGCGAGAUGCUCAGGUGCCCGCGGGCUGCGCGGCGCCCGCCUCCAUUUCCCGCAGCACCCCGAUCCUGCGCGGGCGGCGUCACGUGACAACUUCGUUCUUUCCCGUUUCCAGCGGGGAGCUGGC